CUCCUCCAUUGUUGACCCGUUAAUCGCACACAAAGCGCGCCAUCCUCCUCUCCCACACCUUCGCCCUCCUGGCGAGGCGAGAUCCGACCAUCCACGACGCCGUUCGCUGCUGUUCGUCGUCUUUUUCUUCUUCUUCUUCUCUUCCAUGCGGAGGCGGCUCAGCUAGCACAUGCCACACAGAGCAGCGGAGGCGUCUUCUCCGGGGAGCAUGUCGAGGGCGAUGCAGUGCUUCGGUUUCGCGGCCUGGGAGAGGGAGGAGCGGCGGGGCCGGUCGGCGGCGUCCGUGGUGGCGGCGACGACGCGGUCGCUGUCGGCGCGGUCCAACAGCAGCACGUCGACGGACCGCGACGCGCGGCGGUCGGGGUCGGAGUGCUCCCUCAACGUGUCGUCGGAGAUCAGCGCCGAGUCGUUCGGCCGGUACCGGCAGCUGUCGCUGCCGCAGCGGUCGAACAACCUCCGCAUCUUCACCUUCCAGGAGCUCAAGAGCGCCACCCGGGGCUUCAGCCGCUCGCUGGUGCUCGGCGAGGGCGGCUUCGGCUGCGUCUACCGCGGCACCAUCCGCAGCGUCCUCGAGCCUCGCCGGAGCGUCGAGGUCGCCAUCAAGCAGCUCGGCCGGAAAGGCCUGCAGGGGCAUAAGGAGUGGGUGACGGAGGUGAACGUUCUUGGGGUGGUGGAUCAUCCGAACCUGGUGAAGCUCAUCGGCUACUGCGCCGAGGACGACGAGAGGGGGAUGCAGCUGCUGCUCGUCUACGAGUUCAUGCCCAACGGGAGCCUGGCGGAUCACCUGUCGUCGAGGUCGCCGAGGCCGGCGUCGUGGGCGAUGCGGCUCAGGGUGGCGCUCGACACCGCCCGCGGCCUCAAGUAUCUCCAUGAAGAAUCUGAAAUCAAGAUAAUAUUCCGCGAUCUGAAGCCUUCCAACAUUCUGAUCGAUGAGAACUGGAAUGCGAAACUGUCAGACUUCGGCUUGGCUAGAUUGGGACCUCAAGAAGGCAGCCAUGUCUCCACUGCUGUGGUGGGGACUAUUGGGUAUGCAGCUCCUGAGUAUAUCCAUACAGGACGCCUCAGCAGCAAGAACGACAUAUGGAGCUAUGGUGUGGUGCUCUACGAGCUCCUCACAGGCCGGCGACCUCUAGACCGGAACAGACCAAGGGGUGAACAGAACCUUAUAGAGUGGGUGAAGCCUUACUCUUCUGACGCCAAGAAGCUUGAAAUUAUAAUGGAUCCAAGGCUUGAAGGGAAGUACAGCUUGAAGUCAGCAGCCAAGCUUGCCUCAGUGGCAAACAAAUGCCUGGUACGCCAUGCUAGGCACCGCCCCAAGAUGAGCGAGGUGCUGGAGAUGGUGCAGAAGAUCAUCGACAGCAGUGAUCUCGGAACACCAGAGCAUCCCCUGAUCAGCAAGUCAAAAGAAUUGGUACGUGAUGAAAAGAAAAGAAAAGGGAUUGACCUGAAGAGAAGAUUUGCUGAUAUUAAAGCUGGGGAUCAGAGAUGGUUUACAUGGCAGAGAUGGAGACCCAAGCUUGUGAGAACACAAUGACACGGUAUCAAGAGAUAAAAUGUUUUCUGCACUCUAACUUGCUUAGUUAGUAGCAAAAACAGCAAGGGUGAAACGUCACCUGGUAUUGCCAUUUACAACACAA